AUGGCUGACUCCCCCGGCUCUCCUCUCUCCUCUCUUGCUUCUGAUGAGUUCGCGGAGGACAUGAAGUUCGAGGACCAUCACUCACCAACUGUUUCGUCAUCCCAAAUGCCUCCUUCAAAACGUCGUCGAACUGGUAUCGCAUCAUGGGAUCGACAUACACCCAUCUCAUCCAUUCAUGAAGAUAUCCCACCAGCAUCUCCUACCGCUUCGAUCUCAUCCGAUACCUCUGGUGAGCUGCCAAAUUCACCUUUCACCCUGUCCCUAAUAGGCGGUGGUGUAGAGGACGACUACAGCGGACAGGGACGGGAUCAAGUCACUGUUUGCCAAUGGGAAGGAUGCAAUGCGAAUGAUCUGGGAAAUAUGGAUGCUCUUGUCAAACAUAUCCAUGAUGAUCACAUUGGAUCUAGACAGAAAAAGUAUCUAUGCGAGUGGAGUGACUGUGCUAGGAAGGGCCAGACACAUGCGAGUGGGUAUGCAUUGCGAGCGCAUAUGAGAAGCCAUACAAAAGAGAAACCGUUCUAUUGUACUUUACCCGAGUGCGAUCGAAGCUUCACACGUUCAGACGCUCUUACAAAACACAUGCGAACCGUUCAUGAAACUGAUGUCCUUCGCCCUACGGAUGCUACUUCAAAAGGAGGUGCCAGCGCGACGACAACAGGCAACGCUAAACCAACCCGGAUCAAACUAAAGCUCUCCCAACCCGCAAAGGAGGGUAGCCAUGACGGAGACAAAAACGAUAUCACGAAAGAAUCGGAUCCGUCAACAAUUCCCUAUCUCGGUCCCGAAUUAGGAUUCGACGACCACGAACUUUCCCUUUCCCCGGAGCAGUUGUGUCAUCUUCUAUGUCGCCAGAUCCACUGGGCGGAGCAAGAAGCUGCCCAGCUGAAACGUGACUGGGAUAUAAUAGAACCUAUUAGAAAGGAGUCAUGGAGAGAUAAAGAGUUAAUUUUCGAAGACGUCAUACAUGCGGAACUUCGUGUGUUCAGGUCCGCUAUAUCUGCAGAGGAUCUGGCUAUUGCUCCAGGGAAGAAUGGGGCCAUGCCACUUAACGAAGCCUCGUUGUCGGUAAUAGCGAGUAAAGGGACUGAGGUGUCGAGAUCGAAUGGUCCUCCAGACUCUAUUAGGCCCGAUACAAAAAAUUCACAAGAAACAGGACCCGUUGAGGCUUGA